GUUCAAGGGACUACCGACGACUGCGAUUUUCCUCUGAGAAGCAAACUCAUUUCCAAACCGUUCGAGUCGUCCUGCACACUACCAAUAUGGCACUUCGUGCGCAGUUUGAGAACUCAAACGAGAUCGGAGUCUUUUCGACUUUGACCAACUCUUAUGCACUUUGUGCUUUGGGUGGUUCGGAAAACUUUUAUAGUGUCUUCGAAGCUGAGUUGGGUGAUGUGAUUCCCAUUGUUCACAGCACCAUUGGCGGCACCCGUAUUGUUGGUCGUCUUACCUGUGGUAACCGUAAGGGUCUCUUGGUUCCUUCGGCCACUACCGACAAUGAACUUCAGCACCUGAGAAAUUCGUUACCUGAUGCUGUGAAAAUUCAACGUGUCGACGAGCGUCUCUCCGCUUUGGGUAACAUUGUUGCUUGCAAUGACUACGUCGCCCUUGUUCAUCCUGAUAUCGAGCGUGAGACUGAAGAAAUUAUUGCCGAUGUCCUUGACGUAGAGGUUUUCCGUCAAACAGUUGCCGGUAAUGUUCUUACUGGAUCCUACUGUGCUUUGAGCAACCAAGGUGCCCUUGUUCACCCUCGCACUACUGUCCAGGAGCAAGACGAACUUUCUUCACUUCUUCAAGUUCCCUUGGUCGCCGGUACGGUGAACCGUGGUUCAGACGUUAUCGGCGCUGGUCUCGUUGUUAACGAUUGGUGCGCCUUUGCCGGUCUUGAUACUACCGCUACGGAAUUGGCCGUUUGCGAGUCCAUCUUCAAGCUCCAAGACGCACAGCCCUCUGCCAUCAUCAGUAACAGAGACACGCUUGUUGAGUCUUACUCGUAAAAAAUUCGUUAACUGCUCGGUUUUGAGUGGUAAUCUUGUCGUUUAACGUAUAGAACGUAACACUGGCUGGACAUACGUACUGCUUCUGUUGUCUUAUUUGACUGCGUUUGUUGGGGUAUAGGCCUUCUAACGGGCCAAGGUCUGUUGGCUUUACCGUAUAUAAACAUCAGUUAAGUGCGGUCACGUACGCGGCAAUUCCUGCAUGUUUACCGUUUAUCUUCUUCAGUGUUAUUUACAGGUUAUGUUGUCUACGUCUACAGAGCGAUACCAUAGUUAAUAGGUAGUAUGGCUACUUGACGUGUUUUCUUCACGUAUUGCUUAUCAAUGGUUUGGUGGGAAAUGGGUUAUGGGUCUUAAAUCUAUA